UUCGGCGCGCACGGCAAGCACACCCACGAUCACCCGGGACCGCGCAGACCAUGCAGAGUGGAGAAAGAGGCGCGCCGACCAUGCAGAGUGGAGAGAGAGAGAGAGGGAGUACAGAGACAGAGAGGAAGAGAGAGAGAGAAGAGAGCAGGGGCGAGGGCAGCGGAGAGGACAGAGAGCAGCGAGAGAACCGUCAGCGGCGCAGGCCCUGCGGCGCUGCCGGAACUGCCGCGGCCCUCGCCUCGACGAGGCCCCGCGGCGCUGCGGGAGCUGCCGCGGCCCUCGCCUCGCCGAGAGCCCGCGGGCCGCGCUGCUGCAGCGGCAGCGGCGGCGGCUCGACACCCCCUGCUGGGCAGGGCCCCCCCCGCGCCACGGCCGCUGGCGCUCGCUGCCACCGCCGCCCCGCCUCGAGCGCGGCAGGCGGGCCAGGGGCACGACCGCCCCCCGCCGGAGGUGGCCCCGCGCCGCCGGGGGCCGGCGGCGUGGCCUGGGCCACCUCUGCCCUGA